ACAAGUUAAUUCUGAGCAUCCUGUAGAAUCGGACGGUCCGUUUCUCCGCGGUUUGCUACUGUAAAGACGGCAAGAAGGGUACGCAAUAUAAUGGAAAUAAAACUUAAAAUUUCAAAAAUAAUCGCUUUAAGCGCUAUAUUAUGGCUUGCGUAUGAAUUAAAAGCUGUAGACAGUGUUAUUGUUAGGACGAAAUUAGGACUCAUAAGAGGUUCCUUGAUGCAAACUCGUUUGGGAAAAACCAUUUAUGCUUUUCGUGGCAUUCGUUAUGCUGAAGCACCUGUCGGAUCACUAAGAUUCAAGCAAUCAGUGCCGGUGAAACCGUGGAGCAACGUUUACGAUGCUUCUAAGGAAGGUCCAGCAUGUCCAAAAGCCAAGGGUGAACUCGUCACCGAAGAUUGUCUUACUUUGAAUAUCUACACAAACUAUCUCCCACGAAAAAAUACUAAACUAAAUAAAAAACUACCCGUCAUUGCAUACAUACAUUUUGGAAGAUAUUACGAAGGAUCAAGUCAAAGUUUCUUGGUUGGACCACGAUAUUUACUAGAUGAAGACAUCAUUUUAGUAACACUCAACCACAGAUUAGGAACAUUAGGUUUUAUCAAUACUGGUGAGCAUCAUGCUUAUGGCAAUUUGGGCUUUAAGGAUCAAGUCUUAGCACUCCGUUUUAUCCAAAACUACAUCAGUGCUUUCGGAGGCGACCCGAAUUCGGUCACUUUAACGGGUCAGAGUUCGGGAUCUCGAAGCAUUGUGCUUCACAUGGUCUCGCCUAUGUCGAGAGGACUAUUUCAUAGAGCUAUUGCCAUGAGCGGAUCUUCCACGACACCAAUACCACCUCAGAAAGAGCAAGUCGAUCUGGCUGUAAAACAGGCUAAAUUUUUCAACUGCACCGCAGAAACUUUCGACGAUAUGUUUGAGUGUUUUAUGAAACAGCCAUCCGAGGCGUAUGCGAAAACUGUGCCCAUGUUUAUGGAAUAUUCCAACAGUUUCCCUGUAACGAUUUGGUACCCAUCGAUCGAACCAGAGGUUCUCGGGCAUGACAGAUUUUUAUCAGAUGAGCCAGAAAAACUGAUGAAAAAAAGACAGAUUUAUAACCCUGUACCUUUGAUAAUGGGAGUGACCCAAAAUGAAUUUGGAUUUUUAGCCUAUCCCGAUGACGGAGAGGAUAAGUUACACGAAGAUUUGAAUAGAAAAUGGCACGAGCUUGCUCCACUUUGUCUUCAGUACGAACGAAAUACGAAUCGGUCAAAAUUGAUAAGUGAUACUUUACGCAAAUAUUAUUUUAAUAAUGAACCAAUCACCCGUAAAAAUGCUCAUACAUUGAGUAAUCUUCUUGCUAACGCUCUAGUGCAUUUCCCAGUACACCGUGCUGCGAGUUUGCUAUCUAACUAUUCGUCAUCUCCGGUAUACUUCUACGAAUUUGUUUAUAAGGGCCGAUACAGUAGACGCGUGUGGAAGGAUACGAGAAAACCAAAAGGAGGGGUCGCACAUGGUGAUGAUUUGUUGUACCUGUUUGAUACCAGAUAUGAUACUGGUUCGGGCCUUAGAAUGCCGUUCUUUAAUGAGACUGAUCCGGAAAUUUUUAUGGUUGAAAGGUUGACGAAAUUAUGGGCGCAUUUUGCGAGAACUGGAGAGCCAUUACCAAAGGAGUCAGGCCUAUUUGGAAAUAUUACUUGGGAACCCUUAAAAUCAGAAGGAAAACCCUAUCUUGAGAUGGGCAAGAAUUUUACUAUUAAAAAGGGCUUUCUUGAUGAAACAAUGAGAUUAUGGGAUAACUUAUUCCCAUAAAAGUGAGCAUCUUUUGUAGUUACUUAUAUAAAAAAAAAAUAAAUUUUCAAUAUGCAUCAGU